CAGCAUGCAGAGGGGACAGAGGCAGCCUGGCCAUAUUGUGCACCAGAUCGUCUGCGUCACACAUUAAGGCGCUGGUGUGGUUUGCGUGCCAAACGGAGAACGGCCACAGGACCAAUCCUUGUUGUUGGAACCAAGAACCAAAAAGCAUAUUCUACUCGUCCGACCAGGUUGGCGUGCACACAAAAUGGUCAAAUUGGGGAAUCAUUUGAGUGAUAAAAGCACCGGGAAGGUGGUCUCCGAAGACGGCUUUGACACCAUCCCCCUCAUAACACCCUUAGAUGCCAGCCAGCUCCAUUUCCCGGCGCCGGACAAGGUGCUGGUGAAGACCAAGGCGGACUAUGAUGGCGACAGCAAAAAGGGGAAGAUCCGAUCACCCAAAAUCGCUGAAUUUUCAAUAAGCAUCAUCGAAGGCGUGUCCGAGCGACUCAAAGUGACCCUGCUGGUGAUCUGUGCCCUGGCCUUCUUGGUGUGUGUGGUGUUCCUGGUGGUCUACAAGGUCUACCAGUAUGAGCAGCCUUGCCCCGACAGCUUCGUUUACACGCAAGGUCGCUGCAUGCCGGCCGGGAUGUACGCCAACUUCCCCCAUCAGGUCCCUGCAGGCCGCGGGCGCCUCUUCGCCCUCAUAAACCACUACAACAUCGCCAAGCAGACCAUCACUCGCUCCGUAUCGCCAUGGAUGACCAUCAUGUCUGAGGAGAAGGUCACCCAGCAGGAGACCGAGACGGCCCAGAAGCUGGCUUAACCUGGCUUGCCUGGAGGGGGUGGGGAGAGGGGCGUGGCCUCACCUGCUGAGGAAGAAGAAAUAAUAUGGCUGUGCCAUUCAAGCAAACCCGUGGCUUUCAGAGCUGGCCUUGCCGAGGCGCAGUGAGAUGCCUUCACAGUCGGCUGACAUCCGUCCACGGUGGCGUGUGGGAAUUGGAUCAGCAGACUGAGGCCGGGUUUGUUUGAAUAGCAUAUGUUGUUAUUUAUUGAUACACGGCUGAGUGGCAUGUACGUGGACAAUACGCCACACACGCACACACACGCAGUCUUGAUGUUCACGUUGUACAGAAACACAGUAGAAGUCACCUUAGUGAAACGAUAUUGUCUUUAGAUGAACAUGCACGCAACAAUAAAAGAGCACUUUGCUUGGAGUUGAUACACUCAAAUGAGUUAAUUACUGUAGUCGUCAUAACCGCCACUGAGGUGUGAAACCUACUCGUGGGAAUUUAGUAGGCAGUUGUACAAAGAGUAGCCAUCUUUUCAAAGAAUGUAGGAAUAAAAGACACCCAAAAUGGCCGCUGCAUCGCAGGAUGAACGCCUACUAAAUUGUCGUGAGAAUGGACACAGCUUGACUGGCUGCACCAGCAGCAAAAUGGAUUUUCUAACAAUUUUCGCUUGUGCCGUUUUCACCCAAACUGCUUUGUGCAAACUAUAUUGCUGUCAUAUUUUCUUCUGAUGUAUCAAAUGUAGGAUAAAAGACAAAGUCUCCAUUUUUGGUGAACACGGUGUGCUUUUGCAGGCUCCGCCAGAUGAAGGCUACGUUUCUUGGCAUAACUUUUAUGCUGCUGUACUGAAUGUUUUUGCUUUGAUAUUAACGACGCCGUAUUGUGCAACACCGCCAUUGAUGUUAUUGACUUUAUUUCACAUGAGAAACGUGAUAGUUGCUUGUCCUGAUGCCCCUCCCCUCGUACUUGUCUGUUAAAUGGUCACAAAUGCCUCAUUUUCAUACAAUGUAUUCAGUAGCAUUGAAGUGCAUUUGCUACAUCAAAUGUUGAAUUGAAAUAAAGUGCCCACGUUUCCCACCAA